UUAUCGCUAAAGUGUAGAAAAAAAAAAAAAAUGGGAACUAGCACUGUAGUAUUAAGUCUGAGUGUACUAUUUGUUGUAUUGGGCUUGGUUGGAUCCGACCCAGACCCGCUCCAAGAUUAUUGCGUGGCUGAUACUAAAAAGGGAACAAAAGAAAAUUUCUAUUGCAAUGGUGUAACAUGUAUCAAUCCAGAAAUUGUAAACACUUCCCAUUUUGUAACAUCAGCUUUGUCCAAGCCUGGUAAAAUUGGCAUAGUAUUGGGUUUCAAUGUGACACUUGCUACAAUUUUCAAUUUGCCAGGUAUGAACACUCAAGGACUCACUAUGGCAAGAAUAGACAUUGGUCCAAAUAACCUAGUGCCUCCUCAUUCUCACCCUCGAGCCUCAGAAGUGGCUAUUUUGCUAAAGGGUUCACUUUUAGUAGGAUUUAUCAACACAUCAAAUCACUUGUUUACCCAAAAUUUGAAAAGUGGAGAUUGUUUUGUUUUUCCUAGAGGUAUGAUCCAUUUUCUUUAUAAUACGGACUCCAAGGUGCAAGCAUUGGCCGUGUCGGGGCUAAGUAGCCAGAACCCUGGUGUCCAAAUGGCUUCCCUGGCUGCAUUCGCGACUGGGCUAGCUAUGCCAGAUAAAGUAUUUAAGAAGUUAUUUCAGAUCAACCAUCAAGAUGUUACAGGUAUCAGGACGAGCUUGGGAGGGUGACUUGGGGGUUUGGACCACAGGUGACAAAAGAGUUUUAAAAUAAGGUGUAGGUGACACAAGUCUUAAUAAUUGAGUAGGGGUGACAAUUACUUCAUUAUGGUUUAAGAAAGUUUGAAAAAUUUUA